AUGUUUAAAGGAGAUAUCAAAAAGAUAUAUGUAAAAAAUCACAUCAAGAAGAUAUAUUUCGUAAAAAGACAUAAUGAAAAUAGCAGUAUUGAAGAAAAAAAUAGCAGUAUUCUUUACAAAAAUUUCGAUGAUUUUGUUGCAAUUUUAGUAAAUAUAAGAAAAUUUGAUAAAAAUAUAAAAAAAUUAAAAGUUGAUAAACGCAGCUCAGAAUUUUCCAAUAUAUUGUUAAAAUAUUUAAGUUUUCAUGUGCAUAAAUUUGGUUAUAAAUUUCACUCGUUUAUUUUAGAAUACACUAAGGAUUUGGCAGACUUUGACAUAAAUAAUUGCUAUGUUAUAAAUGAAAUAAGCAAAACUGAUAUUCAGAAUGUUGUAAAGAAUGGAUAUUCGAGAAUAUUGUUUAAGUAUGAUAGUGUAAAAAAUUUAUUACAUUACAUAAAAAGACAUAUUAUUAUAUUUGAUACAUUUAAUGCAAAUAUUCAGCAGCUACUAACCAGAUACUUGUAUGUUUCCUUAAACCCUCUCAAUUUGCUUAUUUUUGUAUAUUUAAAAAUUUACAACAAUGGUGCUAUAAACGGUACUAUAAAUGAUGAUACAAAUGGUGCUAUAAAUACCAACAAGGCUAAUGUCCAAAACAAUAAUAAAAAAUCAAAUGGGGAGUUAGUAAUAUGUAGUGUUAAAAAUGCAGGGAAACAUACUCCAGUGUCGAGGAAAGACGGCGUUCCUCUGCAAAAUAUUAUGAAUGAUGUUGCAAAAAUUUUCGAAAGGGAUACCUUCUUUUGUAACGAUUUAUAUUUCUUUUUAUGCACAUAUGCAGAAUAUAUUAUGAAAUAUACUAUAAUUAGUUGUUAUGGUGAAAUAUAUAACGAUAAUGAAGUUAUAAAAGGGAAAUUAAAAAUAUUUCAGUGGUCCAAAAGGAGUAUAAGAAGUUGUGUAAUGCAAAAAAUACGUCUAUAUGGCACUUUAAAAAAUUUAAAAUUAACUGAUAAAAUUAAUAUUAAGUACACUUUUAAUUCAUACGAAAUGAAUGUUAUUCAAUAUAUUAAAAAUUUUAAAAGGUUUACGGAAGUUGGUAAUGGUUUUAAAAAUAUUAAAAUGUCUCACAGAAAUUAUUCAUAUAUUUAUGAAUUAGUUUUACUCCUUUAUUUUAUCAAAAAGUGCUUAUAUCAUUUGAAUGAUAAUGUCGAUUUUGUUUUACAAGUUUCCCUAUACACUAUAUAUAAAACCAUAAAAGUGACUAUUAUAUAUUUAUAUUUUAACUUACCAAAAUAUAUGAAUCAUUACUUUUUGAAUAUUUUUUUAAUAUUUUUUAAAAAUAAAACAAAAAAAGUAUCAGCUACUAUGAACAAAAUGAAAAGGACAUACAGAAAUGUUAUGAAUAAUGUAUCUAAGCAAAGGAUAAAUUAUAUGAGGAAAAAAUUGUUUAACUGUGCGAAAGUGAAUAAACAAAAUGACACAAACAAAGUACAUAUGAAGAAGACAGCUAUUGUCAAAAUUGAUAUUAAAAAUUCAGAAAAAAAAAAAUUAAAAGAAAUUUUAAAUAUCACCUUUUUUGAAAUAGAUAACUAUAAUGAAAGAGUGUACAAUGGGAGUGAACUAAAAAAUUUUUUGAAUUUCCAUGUCUACGGUUCUGUUAUACAGUUAAAAUAUAACAGUGAACAGCACUUGAGAAGGAAAGAGAAGCUUCGAAAGGAUAAAUUCUUAUCAAUAAAAAAAAAAGUAAGGGAAAAAAUAGAGAAAAUGGGGAAAGUAGAGAAAAUGGAAAAAACAGAAAAAAAGGAAAAAGUUGAAAAAAUAGAAAAAGCGGAAAAAGAGGAAAAAAUAGAAAAAGAGGAAAAAAUGGAAAAAAAGGAAAGUGACCAAAAGUAUGAAAAAAAAUGUAAUUUUUUCUACCCAAAUAAGUUUCUGUUUAUGAAAAGAUAUUCCUCACUAUAUAGAAAGACAUCCAGAAAUAGGAUUAGGAAAAGGGAAAACUUAUAUGAUAGCAUUUCUGUAAAUGCACAAGCAAAUAAUGCAAAAUGCUAUAUCUGCAACAGGUUCUUGUAUAAGCGUAAAAAUAAUAAAGAUGAAUUAACUAAGGUGCACCCUUUUAAUUGUGAUCAAAAUGUUACCAACAUAUAUUCUGAAGAUGGUUAUGUUUGUAAGAAGAGAGUUUUGCAUAAGCUACUAAAAUGUACAUACGGAAAUCUUCUAAAGCAAAAUAAAUGCGUUUUAAUUAAGAAAAGUGAGAAUGCUUAUUGCACGAACCUUCCUAUGUAUGCAAAUGAUUAUAAAGUUGAAAAUAAUGAAUGUUUUAAUAAUAACCACCAUGUGAAUAGCCAUUUUGGUGCAAAAGUCGAAAUUUUGAAACACGAGGAACAAAUUUCUGGGCCUGUUCAGGAUAAUUCUAAUGUUCAUGAAAAAAUUGAAUACACUUUACCUUCUCAAUUAUUAGAAAAUGCAUCACCAAAAAAUCAAAUCAAAGUAGAUAACGUAGAAUUAGCAAGAAAUGCAGAUAGUGAAAGUAAUUUUAGUGCGACUUUUGAGAAAAACAGGGCACAAGAGGAAGGAGUAGCAAACGAGGAAGGGGUAGCAAACGAGGAAGGGGUAGCAAACGAGGAAGGAGUAGCAAACGAGGAAGAGAUAGCACAAGAGGAAGGGGUAACACAUGAGGAAGGGAUAGCACAAGAGGAAGAGGUAGCAAAAGAGGAAGAGAUAGCACAAGAGGAAGGGGUAGCACAAGAGGAAGGGGUAGCACAAGAGGAAGGGGUAGCACAAGAGGAAGAGAUAGCACAAGAGGAAGAGAUAGCACAAGAUGAAGGGGUAGCAAACGAGGAAGAGAUAGCACAAGAGGAAGGGGUAACACAUGAGGAAGGGAUAGCACAAGAGGAAGAGAUAGCAAACGAGGAAGAGAGAGCACAAGAAGAAGGGGUAGCACAAGAGGAAGGGGUAACACAGGAGGAAGAGGUAGCAAAAGAGGAAGAUAUAGCACAAGAGGAAGGGGUAGCACAAGAGGAAGGGGUAACACAAGAGGAAGAGGUAGCAAAAGAGGAAGAGAUAGCACAAGAGGAAGAGGUAGCAAAAGAGGAAAUGAUCGAAGGGAAUAAAGCAACACAGGAAGACGAACCGAUGCAAAGUCCAAGUAAUACAAAAGAUGUAAAAAUGAUGGAGACAGAGAAUGCUAAAGUAAUAGAUGAAGAGAUCAUUGGUAGUUGUAGUCAUAGUUUUAAUCAUAGUUUUAGUCGUACUUUUAGUCCUAGUAGUAGUCUUCCUGGUGAUAAAGCUGCAAAUAAUGAUUCUUUACAAAAUCGCAAAGAGGAGGAACGUGAUAAGAUGUCCAUUGUAUCAUCAAAAGAAAAAUGUAUGAAUGGAACUAAGCAUAAAAAAAGUGAUGAACAACAAGUUGAAAAAAGUGGAAAUAAUGUAAGGAGAAGCAUAAGACUUCAGCAUAAAUUAAAAAGAAAAAUCAAGGUGCAAAAAGAUAUAUUAAAAGGCAAAAAUCGUGUUAGCCAAAUAAGAAACAGGAAGGGACAAUUUGUAAAAGAAGGCAAAAAUCAAAGCAACGCAUACAAUAAAAAGGACACAGAAAAUACAUUUUCAGAAGUGGGGCUAAAAGAUGGACAAGAAGAACAAAAAGGAACAAAUGAAAAGGAUUCAGUGAAAAAGAAAAAAGUAGGAAAACAAAAUAUAUGUGUAACAAAUGACAAAUAUAAUAAUGAUAAACGGAGGAAGGGGAGUAAUAGUAGUAGGACUAGAAGUAGGAGUAGAAGUGGAAGUAGAAGUGGAAGUAAGAGUAGCAGCAGGAGGAGUGACAGGGGGGUAGAUCUAGGAAACUGUGGAAAAGACCACCGUGGAGAUGAAGCUUACACCAUACAUAAUGGAGGUCAAAGGGAUCAAGGAGUAGGCAAGGAAGGAAAAGAUCAUUCAAAAAAAAAAAUUUCGGAUAUAAAAAAAAAGAAUCCGAAUAAAAAAAAAGAUUGCACUUAUGAUGAAACGCCAAAAGGGAAAAAUAGUAAAAAGUUAAUAUUUACUAUGUCACUGAGUGAUAGUACCGGGGAGUCUUUGAAUUUAGAAAAUGCAAAUGUUAACAGAGCUGUGCAAGGUUCUAUAGCACGAAAGGAAAAAGAUAAAAGGACGAAAAAGAUAGGCGAACCGUUAAAUACGGAUGCAAAGUAUGAGAAUAAAUAUGAAAAAUAUGAAGAUAUAAAAAUAGCAAAAGAGAACGUCCAAAUGUUAAGAGAGAAUAAUGUGGACCAUUUUGAUAAACCAUUUGCAGAUACAUACGAAAUAUAUAUGAAUGAAAGAAUAGAAGAAGAUAAGAUAUAUAGUAUUUAUAGCAAAUUCAAAUUAGUUGUUAUUUAUUUAUUUGAUCAUUAUGUUAUUGGAGGUUUAUAUCUGAUUAAUCCUUACAACAGUCAGGAAAAAAAAAGGUAUAUUCAUUUUGCCAGAAUGCAAUCAAAUAUUAAUAACAUAAAUCAUACAAAAAUAUUUCAUUAUAACAGUAACGAAUUAGUAGGAUCAUUAAAGAAGAAUUCCAAGAUAUUACUAUUAAGUGAUAAGAAUGAAAAGAGGGUAAUGAAAAUUUUAUCAAAACGUGGAAAUGGGAUUAAUGGUAGUACAUAUAAAUGUAUGAUUAACGAUAAAUUAUUAGCUUGUAAAGUCCAACAAAAAUUGCAUUUAGCAAAAAAAGAAAUAUAUUUUUCUUAUAUACUUAAGGUAAGAAAAAGUAAUAAGUUGUACAAAUAUACCAAAUAUAGUAACAUAAAUUAUAGUAGCAAAAAUUUUUUUUUUGAAAUAUUUAAAGAAAAUAGAUAUAUUUUUCCUGAUGAAUUACAUUAUAGAAUGAACAAAAAAAAGUCAGGUUCUUCUAAUGCUUUACAAAAAUCUAAAAAUAAAAAUGAUAUACAAAAUGGUGGAACUCAAAAUCCAUCGAAUGAAAAUGGCAUGUCUAUUUUGCUCAUGAACACAUACAAAUAUGUCAUAUCUUUAAACGAGUUAAUCAAUACUUAUAUUAAAAAAAAUUAUAAAGCGAUAAGUGAGGAAUUUAUUUUAUUUAUUGUAUACCAGAUUAUUGUAGGUGUACUACAGUUACAUUUAUUGGAUGUGUUACAUGGGGAUCUUAAAAUCGAUAAUAUUUUAAUUGUGAAAAAUGAAAAUAUGUCCAAUGAUGAUGGAACAAAGGAUUAUAAUAUACGUAAAAAGGAUAGAAACGAUAAAAAUUAUAAAAAUGAUGAAAACGGUAGAAACCAUAUAAAUGAUAAAUAUGAUGAAAACGGUAGAAACCAUAUAAAUGAUGAAAAGGACAAAAGUAAAGCUGCAAAGAAGAAGGGGAAAAAUAAUCAUUGUGAAAAUCCUAAGGAGGAUGGAAAACAAAAAUAUAAUUAUAAUGACCUUUUUUAUAAUGAUAAAUUAAAGGAAGAUAAUAAAAAUGCAUUUCUUAGAAAUACUUUUCCUUUAAACUUAUUCCUAAUUGAUAUAGGUCGUGGUAUAGAUAUUAAACAUUUUAAAAAAUAUAUCUUUUAUGGAGAAAAAAAUUGUGACUGUUAUAAUUUUUUAACUGACUCUGUUUAUAAUUAUCAUAUAGAUCUUGUAGGAAUUGCUCAAGUAGCUAGCUGUCUAUUAUUUUACAGGCAUAUUGGGCAUGUGAAAUAUAAAUAUGAAGAUAAAAUAGUAGAUAGAAAUAACAUCGUUAUUAACAAUUUAGACAUCACAUACGUAACACAUAACAAUCAUUUUUUAAAGCGUAACGGCAGUAAUGGUAGUACUACUAAUAAUAAAAAUAAGAACAAUAACAAUAACAACAACAACAACAACAACAACAACAAGGAGGAGGAGGAGGAGGACCAACAGGAAGAGAAGAAGAAGAAAAAAAAAGCUAGCGAUAGUACCAUUAGUAAGAGCAAAUAUCAGGAAAUAGAAAAUUUCAUAAAAGCAAAGGAACAAACGUAUGUGGAAAAUGCAAAUACGCUUGAUAGUAACGACAAGUACUAUAAAGGGGCGAUUAACAAAGGCGAAAACGGCAUGUGCUCAUCUGCCUUAGACGAUGUACAUGCAGACUCCGGAAAGAAAAAUUGCGCGCGGGAUGGUAGUAGUACCAACGGUAAUAGUGAUAGUAAAUGUAGUAGCAACAGUGGCAGUAACAGUAAUAAUAACAGUAAUAGUAACAGUAACGGAGAUAACAACUCCAAAGGAGAGGAGAAAUGUAAUUAUACAACUAGAAGUCAGACGAAAAUGAGGCGGGAUCAGGAGCAGAAACAGGCGCAGAAUAAGAAGCAGAAUUAUAAGACGAGAAAAAGGUCUAAUGACGAAACGGACGAGGAGGAUGAGAACAACUCGGAGAGGGUUUAUUAUAUAGACUAUUCGAAAUUCUUAUCAAUAGAUGAAAAAAAUAAGGAAAAGAUUAACAGCUAUUUUAAUGAAAUUAAAAAACAAACAGACAGUUAUUUUGUUGAAAAAGAAGAGGAAAAUAAAAUAAAAAAUUUCAACGUAAAAAUGAUGUUAAGUAGGAAAAAAUAUCAAGAUUUUUGGCAAAUAUUUUUUCAUCUUUUAUUAAAUUUUUGUAAUGUAUACGAAUUAAAUUAUAUUCAUUUUAAUUCUAAUGAGAAAAAUAAAAAUUGUGAAAAGGGUAAUAUGUCUAAUAACAUAUUAAUAAACAAAUCGGACAAUUAUUAUUUCAAUUUUGACCAAAAUAAUUGGGAAGAAAUUAACAGCAAAAAUAAGAAUAAGGUAGCUUCUAUAUAUUUUAGCCAAAAGAGGAAAUACUACAAUAAUAGCGAAAAAAAUUAUUAUGGAGAUACGGAUUUAAAAAAGAGAAAUAACGAGUCUAUAAGUAACGCUUAUUAUAGUGAUAGCACUAAUAAAGCUAAAGGGAUAAUUAGAAGCAAAGAGAUCGGCUGUUGCAAUGGAAGAGGCAUUGACAAUGAUAUUAGGGGAGGAAGUUACAUUAACAGAGGGAUUGAUAUUAGCAGAGCCAAUCGAGAUAAUGGGUAUCCUCAUAACCCACACACCACUAAUGACCAGAGGGGCAACUUAAGAAGAGAAUGUUUGAAAGAAUCCUUAAUUAUGGGUGAGAAUAUAGGAAACAAUAAUAAAUAUUUUUUCAUACAGAAUUCUAUUUCGAAUUUGAAAAGCUUAAAAAAAACAAUGCAUGACAACUGGAUAAAUAAUGGCAAGAGUAAAAUGAUAACAAAUAACAAGACAGACCAGAACAGUAAUGCUAACAAAAGUGAUGGUAGAUUUAAAAGAAAACUACUAUUUUUUGAAAAUGAACAGAAUAAAACAAAGUGCAGGAAAUUAAAUGAUGCAAAUUAUUAUAUCAGUGAAUGCUCUUCUAAUGACACUAAGAAAUCCACAAAAUAUAUCAACAAACUCAUGAAAAAAAAAGCAAUAUUUAUUCUUUUAAAUUUAAAAAGAGCAAUCGAAAAAAUAUUCGAUGACGAUGAAGAGAAGCAAGCAAUACUGCUGAGGGAAAUGUAUAAUGCAUCCACCUUAUUUUGA